GAAGGUGGAGACAAUGAAGGACAGAUCAACAGUGGAAAUGGAAGGCCUCUUCUGCUCACUUGCAUUAAAAACCAAACUUAACUUUCUUUCAUGGUCUGAAGACAAAGCCAGGCAACAAUUAAAGAAGUUUAAAGAGAAAGAGGCAAAGGCUGUAAUGGAAGGUGGUGAGGAAUGCAGCAGCAGUGAGUCUGGAUGGACUAUGUACCUUACUUCUCCUUUGCAUGAUGAUUAUGUUGAUUAUGAAGAUCAUGAGGUUUAUGUGAAGCAUGCUCAUGUUGAUGAUGAUCAUGAAGAUGAUGAUGAUUCCAUGGCUUCUGAUGCAUCUACUGGUGAUAAAAAAAAAGAUGAUGAUGAUGUUGUUCUUGUUGUUGAAGAUCAUGAUGAGAAACAUGAGAAGGAGGUGGAGAAGAAGAAGAAGAAGAAGAGGAAGGAGAAGAUCAUGUGUGAUAGAAAACAAGAUGUUGUUAAGAAGAAGGAAAGUGUUAGUACUAGUGUUAGUGUUGCUUCUUUUUAUCAUCAUAAAAUGAAAACCAAGUGAUGAUAAUGAUGAUGAUGAUGAUGAUGAA